GAGAGGGGGCUUCGGGCAGGGCGGGAGGAGAGGACUCUCACCUGCUCAUGAGGUGCCCCUGGGCGGGGGAUCGGGAGUCCUCACCCUCGGACUGAGUCAGGGGUUUCUGGGGGCGAGGAGGGCGCGUCGCCCUCUGCCCCCGCCGGCACCCUGGCCAUGACGGGCAAGUCGGUGAAGGACGUGGAUCGGUACCAGGCGGUCCUGGCCAACCUGCUGCUGGAGGAGGAUAACAAGUUUUGUGCGGACUGCCAAUCUAAAGGGCCACGAUGGGCCUCCUGGAACAUUGGUGUGUUCAUCUGCAUUCGAUGUGCUGGAAUCCACAGGAAUCUGGGGGUGCACAUAUCCAGGGUAAAAUCAGUUAACCUCGACCAGUGGACUCAAGAACAGAUUCAGUGCAUGCAGGAGAUGGGGAACGGAAAGGCAAAUCGACUCUAUGAAGCCUACCUUCCUGAGACCUUUCGGCGACCUCAGAUAGACCCAGCUGUCGAGGGAUUUAUUCGAGAUAAAUAUGAGAAGAAGAAAUACAUGGACCGAAGUCUGGACAUCAAUGCCUUUAGGAAAGAAAAAGAUGACAAGUGGAAAAGGGGGAGUGAACCAGCUCCAGAGAAAAAAAUGGAACCUGUUGUUUUUGAGAAAGUGAAAAUGCCACAGAAGAAAGAAGAUCCACAGCUACCUCGGAAAAGCUCCCCGAAAUCCACAGCACCUGUCAUGGAUUUGUUGGGACUUGAUGCUCCUGUGGCCCCCUCCAUUGCAAAUAGUAAGACCAGCAACACUCUAGAGAAGGAUUUAGAUCUUUUGGCCUCUGUUCCAUCCCCUUCUUCUUCAGUUUCCAGAAAGGUUGUAGGUUCCAUGCCAACUGCAGGGAGUGCCGGAUCUGUUCCUGAAAACCUGAACCUGUUUCCAGAGCCAGGGAGCAAAUCGGAAGAAAUAGGCAAGAAACAGCUCUCUAAAGACUCCAUCCUUUCACUGUAUGGAUCCCAGACGCCUCAAAUGCCUGCCCAAGCAAUGUUCAUGGCUCCUGCUCAAAUGGCAUAUCCCACAGCCUACCCCAGCUUCCCUGGGGUCACACCUCCUAACAGCAUAAUGGGGAGCAUGAUGCCCCCUCCAGUAGGCAUCGUAGCACAGCCAGGAGCUUCUGGGAUGGUUGCCCCCAUGGCCAUGCCUGCAGGCUAUAUGGGGGGCAUGCAGGCAUCAAUGAUGGGUGUGCCGAAUGGAAUGAUGCCCACCCAGCAGGCUGGCUACAUGGCAGGCAUGGCAGCUAUGCCCCAGACUAUGUAUGGGGUUCAGCCAGCUCAGCAGCUACAGUGGAACCUUACUCAGAUGACCCAGCAGAUGGCUGGGAUGAACUUCUAUGGAGCCAACGGCAUGAUGAGCUAUGGACAGUCAAUGAGUGGCGGAAACGGACAGGCAACAAAUCAGACUCUCAGUCCUCAGAUGUGGAAAUAAAAACAAAACACCUGGAUGGCCACCACUCUCGCCAGCCCUCGCUCUCCCCUCUCUCGUCUUUCUCCAACUGCCCCCCGCCCAUCCCCUUUGCCUACCUCUCUCUGUUUGGUUUAGAAAUUGCUCAAUAAGUCAUUUGAGGUUUGGCAUUCUGCCCAGCCCAACCACUUCCCAAACACACAGACCUCUCUGUUGCUUUAUGUUGUACGUGUCCCCUUGCCAUCCCCACUUCCUCCCCAGCCCCUAGUCCUCUCCUGGCACCAGCACCUUAGGAAUUGUUGGCAGAAGGCACAUACACUGCGGGAGAAAUGUGCAUACCCUUGAGUAUUUUCCCUCAAGGUUAAACCUCCUUUCAGACUCUCAGAAAGGUCUGUAGGAGUUGUAUAUUAGGCAGAGGAGAGGGUUUAGAGGUCCUUACAUAUGUUACUAAGCUAUUUCUAAGUGUUUAAGUUUCUGGUUGAAGAAGGAAGUAUCAUGUUCCCAUGAUUUACAGGAAUGAGGAAAGCACUGAAAUCAAAUUAAAUACUCCUUGGGACUUGGAUCAGGUCGACCCCAUCCCUGGGAUGAGGCAAGCCCCCUCCUGUGAGGAUGAGCAAAAAUACCACUCUCCUUUGCCCUGAGUUGCUUUCUCAAUCUGGGCUUCAGGACUUGCCGCUUCAGUCAGCCUUUAUUAGCACCAAAGACAUUGUGAAGUUCCCACACACAAACACACACCCCGUCCCCACCUCCUGCCUGCCUUCAGUGCGAUCUGGCUCCACGGCUGGAGGACCAACCCAUGCAGUGGGAAUGCAGCGCUUAAUUUAAGUGUGUGCUGCUCACGUUUGUGUGAGUGUGUGUGUGUAUGUGUGUGUGUGUGUGUGUGUGUAUUCCACUUCCCACCCUCUCCCCACUUGCUCUGGGUAUUUUUGUUUUGUUUUGUUAGUUUUAGGUUUGCAACAGAGAGGAGUUAAUUUAUCAACAGUCUAAAACUGUUGCUAGUUUUUCUUAUAGUUAAAAAAAUUGCCGUCUCAUUGAUAGCUCCCUUCCACCUUUCCCUCCUCCCAAUUUGCCAACCACUCUUUCAUGCCUGUGUAUCCAGGGUGCUCUGUUUUCCCACCUUUUCCAGGUGAACGAGGCAGAGAGCCUGGACAGCUUUCCUCUCAGUCAUUGUUCACCCCACUUGAAAAUUCAAACAAGAAAACUUUGCUUAAAAGAUUUCAUGUGUGGGAACCACAAUUCCUGGUUGCCUUUCUCCUGUGUAUGUGUAAAUUCCUUAAUAAAUAUCGCAGGGAAGGA